AUGUCGACUGAUACCAAUGCAGGUCAAGCUAGCACCUCUGCGCCCUGGGAUUCGCCUGCCCAGGCUCAAACCGCGUCUACAGAGGCAUCAACGCGCCCGUCAGCAUCCGGUGCAGCUGCGAGUCCAGGUCACUCUGCCCGCACGGUAACAGGCGUCUCUGAAGUUACUACCAGCGCAGCCUCGUCGAAUGUGCCAGCCACAGCCGGAAGUGCGAAGCGCGGCGCGACUGCGCCUGGACCAUUGCUCGACAGAGCCGACGUUGCUAGCGACCAGAACAUCUUCAGACCCAAUGGAGAGAUCGUCUUUCCUAGAUCCGAUGGAGAUCCUGAGUAUGGUCCGCCAAACACGGCCCUUCCCAAGGCGACAGAUUCGGAAGUUAAUUACUACCACAGUCAGUAUUCACGAAUGGGCGGCGUGGCAUGCUUAUGGACACGUAGUGCGACAGCUGCGCGAGCACGACUGACGUUUGCUCCCUGAAAUUGCCGCUGCUUUCAGGCUGGGGAGAUCGAGCAACUGGGGAAAGAGACUGGGGAAGCAAGAUCGGCAGCUUUUUAGCUCAGGAGUUUGGUCUACCGGCCAGUGAGUAGGCGUUGGCCAGAUCAUCAGACAGCAUUGGCGAUUUGUGUGUACGUGCUGCGCCUGAUCUACAGACUUCAAUCUUCCUGGCACAGAACCACCGCAGGGCACAAAGUGGUUCAUCGGGCGCUUUCCUAAGCACUACGAGAUGACAGAGCAGCGCAAGGGUCUGCAGGUCAGCCCGCGUACGGAUCCGUACUUGUUCGGCUCAAAAGCGCAUCGUUUCCGCAGCGCCGUAGAGAGCCACGCACACUUCAUCCUCCUCUUGCUGGAUCCUACCAUGGAUCCGCGAAAUUGCUCGUGCAAAUACUGCAAGAGCAAAGGUACCGAGCCCAAGACCUCUGCCAGCUACAUGCCCAAAGGGCCCAAGGCGACGAAAGCUGCCGCACCUCGGACCUCGAAAGGCAAUGAUCGAAAAGGCGCAACGGGCAAGAGGCAAAGUGUACGUCUGCUGCCUCAUCACGGCCCUCCUUAGCUAGAGCAGAGCUGACGUCUGUGCCAAUACCCUCGCACCUCCAGGUCGGUGCACCCAAGCCAAACGAAGCUUACAUUCGUACUCGCCGCCUUGUCAAACGCGAUCACCUCCCCGGCGUACCUAUCCAUUCCGCUCCAGAGCGCGAGGCUGAGCUGGCCCGCGGGACCCCUCAACGAGGUCAAAGAGAAGGCUUCAGAGCUGGCGAAAUGUGUUGGGCCGCCUUACCCGAACCCGUCGAGGCACCCAAUAAGGACCCCACAACCCGCGUAACUCAUCUUAUCGUCACUAUCGACAGGAAGGACUUUGACGUGAACGUGGCUCCCGAUGUCGGUGAAGUUCCGGGCAGCUUCGAUCUCACGGGUAGAGUGUCUCAUGCUCCAGCCUACCUAGUCAAGGUCCUUGGGACUAAUGAGUUUGUAAGGUAGAGUGUGUCGAGUUCGAGCGCGCUCUGUAGCUAACGCAAGCACUCCAACCUCUGUUCAACACAGGCAAGAGUGAAAGAGGAAGACCUGAUACCUUUGUUAGCAUUCAAUGUCGUGGGAGAGCUCACGCAAUGGUUGAAGGUCGACCCUGCAGAGCUUCCGUGGCUCGAGGACGAAUUGCCGCCUCCCCUUCAUCUCUUCCCAGGUGAGCUGAACGUCCUGUCAGCGAGAUGCUCGUGUAGUUCCCAAGACCUGUGCGCUCGCGAUGUGGCUGCUCACCUUUGCUUUGUCAUCGGUUGUGGCCCCUUCCAGAUCCAAAUGCCAUGCCGGCAACAAUUGAGACUAGACCAAACUUCGUUACCAUUGUCUCGGCAUUUGCUCACGGGCUGCGAAUCGCGUCUCUCAUUCGUUCUACAUUCACCCCUACGGACAGCUUCAAACGAGAUUCUUGGGGAUUUCCUGCGCCGACAACGCACCGUGUCUCAAAUGUACCUGACACUUCGAAAGAGCGGAGUGGGGCUCAGAAUGGAGCGAACCAGAACGGAGAAGGCGGUAGUCCAGCUGCCGGUGCUGGCGAUGCUGCGCCUGGCGGUGAUGUUCCUACCGCACCACACCAGUCUGUUCCAGAAGUGGACAACAACCUCUACUAUCAAGGUGUUCUUUUUGGGCCCGAGAGGAUCUGGGUAGGCGACACGGUACGCCUGAACUUGAGCGCGGCACAGAUCAAGAAGCUGCUACACGACAUGGGUCCCAAUGAGAAGAUGCCAGGUGUGUCCUCAAAUGUCAAUGUCCCAUUCGUGAUGCGCAUCAAAGCCAUUUUCACGCCCGGGAAAAAGAAGGUGAAGCUCUCGGCAGCAGAGGUGAACGCAGCGGCCGAAGAAGAGGAAAGAGCAGCGGCGCAAGGCAUUCGGGAUAACUCAGCUGCAGCUGACGACGCAGGGGAGGAGCCUACAGAAUAUCGUAUCGCCGGCGACCUGUACCAGGUCAUGGAAGAGGAGGAAGCAAAGAAGCUUCAACUCGAGAGUCACAUGGCGCCGACGUCAACACUGGGCCCUGUGGCACGGAGUACGUACGUCAUACCCGUUCGACCUUUCCUCGUCGAGCUUCCAUCCAAAGUGAGUCGUCAGAGCCAGCUAGUGGCGAAAUCCUCCCGCUUCGAGAGCUCAACGCCGCCAUUCUGCCCGCUGCGCCUAGCUUCCGCCGUCUGGUAUUCUUCCAGAGGGCUUCACCUUGCAACGCGUGAAUCAAGGCAGCAUCGAGGUUGAAUGCCCACUCAGCCAGAUCGCGGGCCGCCUGUGGACGAGCUAUGCGCCCUCCGAGCCUCAUCCCCGCAAGGUUUUGGAGCAGCGGGAGGUGCCUCUUCAAGCGCCAUCGCGGGAGGCGACGGCCCCGUACACUGUGAGUGCUCCGUCUUGAAGCGAGCACGCGGAUUCAUUGUGCAGCCCUGACCCUGUCGUGUGUGCUCGAUCAGGUCUCGUUGAGUUUGGCAGGACUCUUGCCUGGUCAUCUUAAGACGGUUGCGGCAGAAACACCAAAAAUGGAUCGAGACCAAGCCGUGCGAGAAUGCGAGGAAACGGCCCGCAUCCUGUUGCGCAAUUACAUCAAGAACGAGUGGAAUCUCGGUCGCGCAGCUGAUGACGAUGAAGAGGCCAAUUCGGAGUCAAACGGCGAGGGCAACGGGUCUGUCGAGAAGCGCAAGCGCGGUCGACCUAGCGGCAGAAAAUCAAGCACAACGGAUGCUGAAGGUGCUCGCAGCUCAUCGAAAGGCGCUGGACACACAUCCGCAAGCGGCACUCCGGCAGCAAAGAAAGCUAGGAAAAGCGCAGCCUCAGAUAUUUCGGGCUCGCCAUCGACUUCCACACCAAUAGCGAAGCCAAAGAAAAAGUCGGCAGCGUCGGCGGCGUCUGCGCUCGCGGAUAGAGAGGAGAGUCCGCCUUUGCCUCCUGGUUGGAUCAAGAAAGUCAGCAGAAAGGGUCAGGGUACAUACUACGCAAAUCCAGAACUCAGAAAGGUGAGUGCACAGAGCCUCAUUAUGGAUUAUUCUUGCCCUUCGUUGGUGGAGCGCCGGCUGACUCCUUGGCGUCUGUGGACGUCAUUGAUGUGUAGGUCUCUUGGGAGCGACCGUAG